UUUAGAAUGCAUGCAAUUUGUAUAUCGCAAAAGUAAGAAUCAGUCAACAAAAUGAAUUCGAUUUGGCAAGUUGGUGUGCUAUUUGUCAUUGUUCCAAUCGUUUAUACCGCAAGCUCGACUUGGGGUAUACGCAAUGUUAAUGAUACCGUAGUUAUUGAUAAACGGGUGUACUAUCCGGCUUCACGAUAUAUGGUACAAACUUUAUACUUCGAUACACCAGAGUCGAGCAACAACAAAGUGAUUACCGCCAUUUAUUUGCAAGAUCUUUUCCAAGAUAAUACGGGCCCAGUGAAUACUUUGGUGUCUGGUGAACCCGGUUGGACUUAUGCCUCAAUACAAAUGAGAACUCAAUAUAACGUUGGUUUAAAUGUGUCAUUUGUUGUUUAUGGCUAAUAAAUAAAUAGAAGAAAAUGUGUAAAGCAA